AUGCUGCGGGUGAAAUCACUUGCUAAAACAGACGAAGUAGCAAACAUCACUGCGUCUGAGAGACCAGCGAAACGCCAAAGAAUCGAGUUAUCGUUAGAGAAGAAAAUUAAGUUGAUCAAAUGCGGGGAGUCAGUGCCUAAACCAACACUGUGGGCUCUAAGCGAAUGCGAUCUUAUUUUAGAUUUCAGAAAAAUCAAGACCAAAUGCGAGGAAAGAGGUCUGGAUGGUGCGCAGGUUUCCAUUGAACAAGUCCCGGUUUGCAAAAGCAUCCUUGUCACUGGCUUUUCUGAAAAUGUUACCCAUGAUUUUAUUGAACUGUACUUUGAGAGUCGUCGAAACGGUGGGGGUCCUGUGGAGAAGGUUCACUAUAGACCUAAAAGUGGUCGAGCUGUGGUUGUGUUCCAAGACGCAAAAGAUAUGGAAAAUGUGAUAACCAGACAUGAAGAGAAACCUCAUAUAUUACAACAAACCCAGGUGUCAAUUAAACUUUACCAAGAGUUCCUAGUGGGUGAAGAAGUUGAUUUAGCAGAUGGUACAGGUGAUUUAGGAGCUAGUGCAACCGGAGCCAGUGAGGCUCGAGUGAGCAAGAAGCCCGAUGCCAAAACACAACAGCUACACAUAGCUGUGGAUCCAGAUGUCAUGGAAUAUGUCAAUUCUACAGGAUUCCAAGCUGAACUGAAUAAUUCGUUAGCUGAAAAGAAAAGCGCAAUCACCUGGAAACCCAACAACAAAAUGGCUGUAAUAGUGUACCGUGGGGAAGAAGACAGCGAGUCCUGGCAAUCCGAAUGUAUUGACCAGGUGCAAAGUUACCUCGGCAAGUUUGCGAAGUGCGAUGUGCAAGUCAACAAGGAUUUCUGGGAAGCCGUGGUAGCUAACCUUCCCAGCGUUCGCGCCUGCUUGGGAGUUGAUCCCCCGCUGGUGAAGACUAUUCCAGAUUCAAAUGUUGCUAGGAUCGUGUCGUUGGAAACAGAUGUGAAAAGUAACGAGGAAAAGGUGAAGUCUAAGUUAGAAGAAAUCUACCGCGAGGAAACCAGAAAAACUUACUUAAAGAAGAAAAUUCCAAAUGGUCCUCAGGCCGCGACUCCCAACGUUGGUGACAUUACUGUCUCAGGUGGUUUUUCCUCGGUCAGUCACGUGAUUCACACUAACUGCUGUAAGUGGAACAGCGGUGGAGGGGAGCCGACGCUGCGGGCCAUCGUUCAAAAGUGUUUGCAAACAGGCGAAACGCUUGGAGCGAAUUCCAUUGCGUUUCCCGUCAUUGGAACUGGGAACUUACACUUCCCACGCGAUACAGCCUCGAGAAUCAUGUUGGAAGAAACGAUCAAUUUCUGCCAAACUAACCCUGCUUCUAAUUUACGGGACAUCCGAUUUGUCGUGUUUAACCAAGAUCAAGCAUUAACUGCUGCCUUCAAACAAGAGAUGGACAAACUGCAACCCAAGCAUAUUGGCCACUCCGCCAUCACGACUUUUGCAACGGGAAUACGUUCCUUCUUUGGUGGAAAGAAAGCAGUGGGGACGUCGGGUGUUAGCAUUGAAGUAUUGCAAGGCAACUUGUGCCAGGAGAAAACCGACGCCAUUGUGAAUAUAACAAGUAAAGACUUGAAUAUGGACAGUGCAGGAAAGUUGAGUAAGGAAGUAAAACGGCGCGGUGGUCAACAGAUACAGGAUGAGUUAAAUCAGUUCGGACAGCAAUCGGGUGGAAUUGUUUUGAUCACCAGUGGUGGGAACCUACAUGCACCGAACAUACUUCAUUUAAUUCCGGACACCAAUAAUAAAGACCAUCUUCAGCAGUGUGUAGAGAAAUGUCUUCAGCUGGCAGAGUCGCAUGGUCUUAAAUCCAUUUCUAUCCCCGCAGUUGGUACCGGAGCAUUCCAUGUUUCUGCAAGGGACUCAGCCAGUCUGAUAUUUAAAGCGCUGACAAACUUCAGUGGAAGCUUCCGUUCUGUUUGUAAGGUCAGGAUUGUGAUCUUCGAACCUCCAAUGGUGUCGGCCUUCCAGCAAGAAUAUCAGAGGCACUCGUUUUCUCCACAAGUAGGCAUGGCUCAGCGCAUGACCUUUACUAGCCCUUUCACCGUUGAGGUGAUAAAUGAUGAUUUGACUAAGGAGAAUAGCACUGAUGCUAUCAUGAAUAUUAUAAGCACUGAUAUGAAAAUGACCAAUGCUGGACAACUGGGUGCAGCCGUAGCAAACGCAAGUGGUACACAAGUGCAACAAGAGUGCGACCAACUUGGAAAGCAAUCUCCUGGAACAGCGGUAAUGACCAGUGGAGGCAACUUACAUGUACCCUAUAUUAUUCACAUUAUCCCAGGCUCUUCAGAUAAGCAACAUCUCCAGCAAUGUUUGGAGGAGGGUCUUCGUGUUGCAGACGCACAUGGGCUUCAAUCAAUAUCAAUUCCAUGUGUUGGCACCGAUGGAUACGGCCUGACUGGAGCGGACUCAGCCCAACUGACGUUCAAAGCACUAAACAUAUUCAGUGCCCGCUGUAAAAAUAUUCAAAGGGUGAGGGUGAUUGUGUUCCAGGCCUCUAUGAUGCAGGAGUUUCUACAAGAACCGAAGAAACAACUAGUGCAAGAUAUAGAAGAAAAAGACAGUGACACGGAGAAUGUAGCAGCUUGGCCAACCGGAAGAAUCGGUCGUAGGCAGGCACCAGCCCAAGAUUAUGAACACUCUGUAAUAAUUUCUUUGAUUGGCAAAGACGAGUUCAGCGUGGGAAAAGCCGAGGAAUCCUUGAAGAAAGGUUUCUAUGACGCUUGUACAAUGGAAAAAGUUGAAAGUGAAGUCGUCAGUCAGCUUUCCGAUAAACAGAAAGAUAUCCUGAGAAAAAAAGCGAAAGGCCGUGACGUCAGACUUGAAAUUGAGGAUGACGUGGAUCGCAUUGUCGUCCGUGGUGAACCAACCGAAGUGUCUGGAAUGGUCGGGGAGAUCUGGAAAGAGAUCAACGAGAGGACCAAGAACAAGCAAGAAGAAGAACAAGCGAAGUUGGUUUCAAAGAACGUAGAGUGGAGCUAUGAAUUACAUGGCACGAAAAUGGCAUUUGCGCCGAAAGCAAAUGCUAAGAUUGAGUUGGCCUACAGCAAAGAUGAGCACAAUGUGCAAGUUCCUUUACGUGGAGACAAGUUUGUCAUCGAUUUGAAGAGAAACUCUGGAUGUGGACAAACGUCUGGUGAACAAAUAACACUGACGAGAAAGGUGAAGGGUGCUGACGAAGCUGUAGGAAUUGCUCUACCAAAGCACUGGGCACCAAUGCCCGGCCAUGACUCUACUGUGCACAAAGUACAACUUCUCCCAGGAUCUCAUGAGUAUCAAGAUGUCCUACGUCAGUUUCAAGCCACAGUCGGUGGGGUAAAUGUUCAUAAGAUUGAACGAGUACAGAAUCCUCAUCUAUAUCAGUCUUACAUGGUAAGAAAACAGAAAAUGGAUAAAGACACGGGAGGAAGUAGUGAAAGACAACUGUUUCAUGGGACAGAUGCUAAAAACAUCAGCCACAUCAACGCUCAAGGAUUCAACAGAAGCUUCUGUGGGGCUCAUG